AUGUUAACAUAUCAAAUAUUACACCGACAUAUCUUUAUUGCAGAUUUUACCCUUCGAUUGCACAAUGACAAGGGGAACACUUGGAUUGUUGUCGCCGGUCUAUAUGCCGGAAGCGCCAUCUUCCAAGAGGGUUGGGGUAGAUUCCUUCAUGAUAAUGGAUUAAAUGAGGGAGACACCAUUUUCUUCGAUCAUAUUGCUUUGCAUAUCUUCAAUGUUCUUAUUUUGGAUGAUAAAGGAAACAUAAAAUCCGCUCCUGCUAAAGGUGAUCUACCUCUUUAUGCAAGUAGAAAGGAUUUUAUGACUUAG